CAGCAACAUUGAACCUUACUCUCCAAGGAAACCAGGUCAAACAUCCUUCGUAGACCCCAUUUCCACUCUCUCUCUCUUUCCUAGUUUUGCAACUAAACUUUCAAGUGCCUGUGAAGAGCUUCAAUCAGGUUUCUUUUUUUCUAUCUUUGCAAUUCUGGGUCGAUGAGUUACUUGAGACCCUGUGCUUUGUACAAGACUCUUAUUACUUUCCCUUCGCUGAGAUGGAUGCCUUGCCAGAGCUGGGGUUUCCUUAGAUGGCCAGGUUUAGAUGGGUUCUUGAGGUUCAUGGUGGUAGCUCUUUUGUGGACCACGUUUUCUGAGAUUCGUUUCAUUCCUUCUUCUUCUAUGUACCCUACUCUUCGUGUUGGUGAUCGAAUCAUCGUUGAGAAGGCCUCAUACUUCUUCAGGAGCCCUGCCAUAAAUGAUAUUGUAACAUUUCUCGCUCCAGAACAGGAGCCUGGAUAUGGGAAGGAUGCUGUUUUCAUUAAGAGAAUUGUUGCAAAAGCUGGAGACUUGGUUCAGGUUCAUCACGGCUCACUCUAUGUCAAUGGAGUUGCACAAAAUGAAAAUUUCAUAGCUGAACGGCCAUCAUACACAUCAGACUUAACAUAUGUGCCUAAAGGUCAUGUUUAUGUGUUGGGGGACAACCGAAAUAACAGCUAUGACUCACAUAAUUGGGGGCCACUGCCUGUGGAAAAGAUUCUUGGAAGAUAUGUGAUGUGCUGUUACAGACCGUCAAACCAUUGACCUGGUGAUUCGGGAUGAACUUGAGAUGCCAAGCUUUCUCAAGUCUUGGCAAAUCUCAUUAGAAUGUAAAUUAGCUGAAAUGUAGAUGCAUGGAGUUGUACUGCUGUUUUGCUGCAAUUGACUCACAAUCUUGCACAUUUGCAUCCAAGAUUUGGAUGCUAUCAAUGUGGCCUGUUUAUGUGCUUGUAAAUUUAACAUUGGACUGUAGUUUUUUGAUUGUGGAUGGUUAGAACAGACAAAUCAAGUUGUGUUUAUUUGUUACUUCCUUUUA